CCGUUUUAGUGUUGCUGACGACACGCUGAUUAAGCGGACCCUCUAACCAAACAAUGUAUAAGCCCCUUAAUUGUUGUGGAUUUCAUCGACCUUUGGACCGCUGCAUCGUAGCCUACCGUCUAUGUCGCUGUUAUUAACCGGUUAAGUAACUGACCUUUGAGAAAAAUCUUGCCGCCUUUAUGAAGGUGAAUAAUGCAUAGGCCUACAGUUCAUCGCUAUGGGUUUCUAGUUGCUCUAACUUUGUGAGCAGUGCUGCACGGACUUUGUACUUUCCUGCACGAGUAAACGUGUCUGCUCGCACAUGAAUCAAGUAGCCACACGAAGCGGUAACCAAUGUCAAAAUGUCUCUGACAGCUGUCAUUAUCGAAUAACUCAGUGUCUUCGUUCACCAUGGUUGGGACUUUCCCGCUUCUAGCAGUGCAGCCCACGCGGGGGCUCGUGGAUGAGGUGAUCCAGGUGGUUGUGAGGAAUUUACAUCCGGCGCUCUCGGUGACACUACGUUCCCUUCAUCGCUCCGAGGAUAAGGACUUUUGGGAGGCGUUCGGCCAUUACAUCAGCGACGACCAAGGCACGGUGACGGUUGCUAAGGAUGCCAGUCUUGGAGGAACAUAUGAAGGCACAGAGCCCAUGGGUCUACUGUGGAGCAUGCAGCCUGUGCCAGGCAGUCGGACAGGCCUCAGGUUGAGAAAGAUGGAUGUCCUCACUCCUAUGGUGGUGCACAUCUCUGUGUACAGUGGGCACAUGACAGAGGGCUUCAGCAAGCAGUCUCCCCUAGUGACCGUUGUCACAGAACGAUGGUACAUGGCACCAGGUGUGUGCAGAAUUGACAUCAGGGAACACGGGGUCCGAGGGACCCUCUUUUUACCCCCAGGUCCUGGACCCUUCCCUGGGGUGUUGGAUAUGUGGGGAGGGGGUGGGGGGCUGGUGGAGUACCGCUCCGGCCUCCUGGCGUCACAUGGUUUUGUUUCCAUGGCGCUAGAGUACCUUUUCCAUGACAAGCACAGAACUUCAGACAUCGACUCAAAAACCUACUUUGAGAAAGCGUUCAGGAUUGUGCAGGAGCACCCCCUAGUGUUGAAGGACAGAGUUGCUCUGUUUGGUCUCUGCUUAGGCACAUCAGUCACCCUCAACAUGGCAGCCUACUCCAAAGCCAUCAGCCCCAGAUGCUGUGUGUGUGUCAGUGGGAGUCACGUCCAACAGGUCAACAAGUCCAUCCACGAAGUGUUUACGAAGAUGAAUGAGGACAGAUCUAAGACCCGAUUUGAUGAAGAGGGCUGUGUGAUCUCGAGAGACAUCAUUCUGCCUAUCCCAACCGACCCUGGAGAGAAAGUGGAUAUGGGGAGGAUAAAGUGUCCAUUGAUGUUGGUCGUCGGGGAGGAUGAUCAGAACUGGGCGACAGUAGAAUCUGCCAAGGACCUGUCCCAGAUGAUGCGUGCAGCGGGUAACGAGCACCUACUGACCAUUCUACAAUACCCUGAUGCUGGACACCUCAUUGAGCCGCCCUACACACCCCACUUGAGAGCCAGCAACUUCAUAGUGCCUCAAAUACAACAGAAAGUGAUCAUGUUAUGGGGAGGGUACCCAAAGCCGCACGCCGAUGCUCAAGAAGACUCCUGGGAAAAGAGCCUUGGCUUUCUACGGCAACACCUGUACCCCAAUCAUGACUCUGUCGCUAAGGCCAAGCUGUGAUGUCACACCCGAGGAGCCUCCAGGACCUAGUAUAAUUGACUAAGCUAUAACUUUAUAUACUAUUUUAUAUGUUCAUUUAUUUAAUUUGUGACAAGACUGAAUGCUUGAAUGAGAAAGUCGUCAGACCAGUGGACACAGCUGUAGAAUAUAAAUUGAGGGCUGAUGACCUGUAAGUCGCUUUGGAUAAAAGCGUCUGCUAAAUGGCAUAUUAUUAUUAUUAUUAUAUUAUGAUGUGUCCACAGUAGUGAGUCUCUCAUUCACUGUACUGUAUGAGUUUCAACCUGCCAAUAGUAUUAACACCUGUGCCUCUAACCUAACUGCCAUAGUACACAGAUGACUGAUUCUAUUUUUUGAUUCAUGAGGAAAUAAUAGGAAAUGUAUUGUCGAUGAUGUUUAUAAUAAAUCAGAGGAAGAAUAUUAACAAUA